AGUCACAUAACUGAAAGAUACUGACGUUGCCAAACAUCACAUCUGUUUAAAAACCAUAAACGAAUUAAUUCUAUUUCAAAGUAAUGACUAAGACUAACCGAAAUCUAAAAAGAUUGCAGCAAGCACGUUCAAAUCUAAAUAUACAUUUUGAAUAAUUAUCUAUCGUCAAAUACUUGAAACUUGAAAACUUUCACCUUUAAAAUACACAUAUAACCUACAAGAAUUCCAUGAAAAUAUUACAUACCAAUAGUUGCUGGCAUAGAAUCAAGAAACUUGUAGAAGACAAUGUAGAAAAGUACACAUUCUAAUAACACAGUAUUCCGUUCUCGAAUUAAAAGUAUUAAGUAACUCCACAAUAUGUUUAAAUUCAUCACCUGUGCAAUACUCUCAGCUGUCCUUUCCAACAUUGUGUUUGAUUUACCUGCAGUUCAAGAAUACACAAACAUUAUACAGCAAUAUGCAGUGAAAACAUAUUUUAAUUUACCUGCAGAGAAUACACCACACCUUCUGACUGCAGAAGAGCUCGCCACGUACAAUGGCGAAGACGGCAAGCCACUGUAUUUAUCAAUAAUUGGUCAGGUGUAUGAUGUGACAAAAGGUGCUAGAUUCUAUGGCAAAGGAGAAACAUAUCACGUCUUUGUAGGAAGAGAUAACUCCAGGAGUUUUGUCAGUGGUAACCUUGAGGAGGCUGAUAUCUCAGACAAUGUUAUUCCAAUGACACAGGCAGAGUUCAGGUCUUUGAAUCAUUGGGCACAGUUUUACAAGAAGGAAUAUACUAAAAUAGGAAAAUUGAUUGGGAGAUACUACAACUCAAAUGGAAAACUUACUCCUUAUGGAAGAGAAGUGAAACUGUUGAUAAAAGAAGCUGAAUUGGCGCAGGCAGAUGAAAACGCAGAGAAAUUAAAGUUUCCACCGUGUAACAUCGAAUGGGACCCGCAGAGUGGCACAAGAGUUUGGUGCACAAGCAAAAGUGGUGGAAUUGAACGUGACUGGGUUGGUGUCCCACGAGAGUUGUACGUCGCCGGCAGUGAAAAGCGAUGCGCUUGUAUCCACGAAGGUAAUAAAAACCUCGGGAAUAUUAAAGAAUAUCCCGGGUGCAGUCCGGACGCCGUCAGUUGUCAAAUAUCAAAUGAAUAAUAAAAAUUUACAAUAUUUUACAAAGUUUUUUACACAAAAUAAAAGCAUUUUGGAAUAAA